CUUCCUUCCCGUCCCUUCCCCUCCCCUCCCUCCCUCCCCUUCCCUUCCGUGGAUCUUGCGUGGAGCAGCAUUGCCCAGGACCUGCCAGCAUGCCUGCCUCCCGAGGGGGGCUCCUCCUGGGCUGCUUCUCUGCCUUGCUGCUCCUGGGACAAGGCAUGGAUCUCAGCGACUACAGCUACGUCCUGGAAGAGGAGGAAGAGCCCGAGCCCCUGGACUACAAGGACCCCUGCAAGGCUGCUGCCUUUUUUGGAGACAUUGCCUUGGAUGAGGAAGACCUCAAGAUGUUCCAGGUGGACAGGAUUGUGGAUCUUACGCGGCACACAAUUGAGAGAACUUCUACCAACUCUUCAGGGAACGGGUCCAACAGUACCAGCAUCAGAUCUGGAAGACAGCAGAGGAGGCGAUGGAAGCAGGACCGGGGACGGCCUCGGAGUCGCAGGGCCGCCACGUCUCGUGCGGAGCGGGUCUGGCCAGAUGGCGUCAUUCCUUAUGUGAUCAGUGGGAAUUUCAGUGGUAGCCAGCGAGCAAUCUUUCGACAAGCCAUGCGCCACUGGGAGAAGUACACCUGCGUCACCUUCUUGGAGCGGAACGAUGAAGAUAGCUACAUCGUUUUUACGUACCGGCCGUGCGGGUGCUGUUCCUAUGUGGGGCGCAGAGGUGGCGGCCCUCAGGCCAUCUCCAUUGGGAAAAACUGUGACAAAUUUGGAAUUGUGGUACAUGAGUUGGGCCAUGUCAUUGGUUUCUGGCAUGAACACACGCGCCCAGACCGGGAUGCCCACGUCUCCAUUAUCCGCGAACACAUCCAACCAGGGCAGGAGUAUAACUUCCUGAAGAUGGAGCCUGAAGAGGUGGAGUCUUUGGGCGAGACGUACGAUUUUGACAGCAUAAUGCACUACUCCAGGAACACUUUCUCCAAGGGAAUCUUCCUAGACACCAUCCUCCCCAAAUAUAAUGUGAAUGGGAUGCAGCCUUCCAUUGGCCAACGAACCCGACUAAGCAAAGGAGAUAUCGCUCAAGCACGCAAGCUGUAUAAAUGCCCUGCUUGUGGAGAGACCCUACAAGACAGUCAAGGGAACUUCUCCUCCCCUCAGUUUCCCAAUGGAUAUUCUGCACACAUGCACUGUAUCUGGAGAAUAUCCGUCACCCCAGGGGAAAAGAUCAUUCUGAACUUUACAUCCCUGGAUUUGUACCGAAGUCGGCUAUGCUGGUAUGACUACGUGGAGGUGAGAGACGGGUUCUGGAGGAAAGCAACUCUCCGAGGUAGAUUCUGUGGGAAUAAACUCCCAGAACCCAUCCACUCGACUGACAGCCGUCUCUGGAUCGAAUUUCGCAGUAGCAGCAACUGGGUUGGCAAAGGCUUCUAUGCAGUUUAUGAAGCCAUCUGUGGGGGAGAUGUGAAGAAAGACAAUGGGCACAUACAGUCUCCCAACUAUCCCGAUGACUACCGGCCCAAUAAAUUGUGCAUCUGGAAGGUCACUGUCUCAGAAGGAUACCAUGUGGGCCUCUCCUUCCUAUCCUUUGAGAUUGAGCGUCACGACAGCUGUGCUUACGACUAUUUGGAGAUCCGGGAUGGUAACACUGAGUCGGGCGAACUGAUCGGAAGGUACUGCGGUUACGAUAAGCCCGAUGACAUCAAAAGCACCUCCAACAAGUUGUGGAUGAAGUUUGUCUCAGAUGGGUCCAUCAACAAGGCUGGCUUUGCGGUCAACUUCUUCAAAGAAGUGGACGAGUGCUCAAGACCAAACAACGGCGGGUGUGAGCAACGUUGUGUGAAUACCCUGGGCAGCUACAAAUGUGCCUGUGACCCAGGCUAUGAAUUGGCCUCGGACAAACGCAGGUGUGAAGCUGCCUGUGGUGGGUUCCUCACCAAACUCAAUGGCUCCAUCACAAGCCCUGGAUGGCCAAAGGAAUACCCACCCAACAAGAACUGUAUCUGGCAGCUUGUGGCACCCACCCAGUAUCGCAUAUCUCUGCAAUUUGACUUCUUUGAGACAGAGGGCAAUGAUGUGUGCAAGUAUGACUUCGUAGAAGUGCGCAGCGGCCUCACAGCCGAGGCCAAAUUGCACGGCAAGUUUUGCGGGGCGGAAAAGCCCGACGUGAUCACCUCCCAGUACAACAACAUGCGCAUUGAGUUCAAGUCUGACAACACUGUCUCCAAGAAGGGCUUCAAGGCUCAUUUUUUCUCAGACAAAGAUGAAUGUUCGAAGGAUAAUGGUGGAUGCCAACAUGAGUGCCUGAACACAUUCGGCAGCUACGAGUGCCAGUGCCGCAGUGGUUUUGUGCUCCACGACAACAAGCACGACUGCAAAGAAGCUGGCUGUGAUCACAAGAUGACAUCCAUCAGCGCUACCAUCACCAGCCCAAACUGGCCAGAUAAAUACCCAAGCAAGAAAGAGUGCACCUGGGCAAUAACAACUACGCCGGGACACCGUGUCAAACUGACCAUCAAGGAGUUGGAUAUUGAAGGACACCAAGAAUGCACUUACGACCACCUGGAGGUUUACAACGGCAAAGAUACCAAAGCUCCCGUCUUGGGUCGAUUCUGUGGAUCGAAAAAACCAGAGCCCAUCAUCUCUUCCAGCAAUAGGAUGUUCCUCAAGUUCUUCUCCGAUAACUCCGUCCAAAAGAAAGGCUUUGAGGCAACCUACACAUCGGAAUGUGGAGGCCAGAUGCGAGCCGAAGUGAAAACCAAGGAUCUUUACUCGCACGCCCAGUUUGGAGAUAACAACUACCCUGGAGGCUCAGACUGUGAAUGGGUGAUUGUGGCUGAGGAAGGCUAUGGCGUUGAGCUGAUCUUCCAGACAUUUGAGAUCGAGGAAGAGGCAGAUUGUGGUUAUGACUACAUGGAAUUGUUUGAUGGCUACGAUGGGACAGCCCCACGUCUGGGACGCUAUUGUGGCUCUGGACCUCCAGAAGAGGUCUAUUCUGCUGGCGACUCCGUGAUGGUAAGAUUCCACUCUGACGACACCAUCAACAAGAAGGGUUUCCAUUUACGAUACACCAGCACCAAAUUCCAAGAUACGCUGCAUACACGGAAGUGACCCCCGGCUGCCUGACCCCCUGCGACGGAGAACAGGCCUUCCAUUCCUGGAGGGACAGAUCUCUGCUGUUCACAAAACCAACGUAAAGACACCCGUGGAGAAGAUUCAGAUAGACUGGAAGGAGAAAAUACACAGUACACCUCAGAGUAUGAAACACUCACACAGAAAUAAAGGUGCUGCCAGCCACUCUUACGGACUCGGCUUGGGGAAGUGGGGGAAUUCCUUUCAUUUAAAAAGAAAAAUGUCAAUUUCUGUGCCUCUUUUGUUUCUUGAGCAGAGUGUCUUCGGGACUAACCACUUUGCAGCUUCCAUUUACCAUUUGAUUUUUUUUUUUUUCCCUUUUUCCCCCCCAAUUCUGGAGGUUAUGGUUUAAAAUAAUGCUGGGAGAUCCAACUCGUGGCAGACGUUUUCCAUCAUAGACGCCAUAAAGCAAGGUUGCCAGCGUAGGUUUCUGAAUAUACAGACCCAAACACAGUGGAGAGACUGCCAUGUUUGCAGAAGCUGUCUGUCUGUUGUAAUGAUGUAAUAAAUACACUUUCUUGUACUUCUAAAGAAAUGCCCAUCAGCCUCUUUAAACCUUUACCAUUUCCAAGUUGUUGUUGUUGUUGUUCUUUUUUUAAUUCUUCCGUUUCCAAGAAAAAAAAUGUAACUUGAAGAAUUCCUUGCUCCUUCAUUAACUUUUUUAAAAAUAAUUUUUAAAUUAAAAUUUGAAUUGGAACAAAAGCAAAAA